CUGCGGGAAGUUUCAGGAAAUGCAACAGGUGGACGAGCUGCAGGGAAUGAAGCGUGGACUACCGUGAGUGUUUCCAGACUCUGGAGCAGACAGCAAACUUCCCCACUGUGAGCGGAUUUUCUGGGGUGGGCAAGGCAGGCAGCGUCCCAGGCUAGCUGCUGCUGCUGCUGUGCCUCCUGGUUGUCGGACUGGGGGGAAAAAACUGCGCACUCCUUCACUCGGUCAGGUGCCACAAUGGAUGACAACAGCCUGAGUGACUCCAACGUAAAGGUCGCUGUGCGCGUGCGACCCAUGAACAGGAGAGAAAAAGACCUGAAAACCAGAUGUGUGGUGGAGAUGGAGGGAAGCCAGACCUUUCUGCAUCCAGCCAUCACUAACGUAAACAAAGGAGACCCCAGGAGCCAGCCUAAGGCGUUUGCCUAUGACUACUGCUUCUGGUCCAUGGACGAAUCCCAACAGGACAAGUUUGCAGGUCAGGAUGUGGUGUUCCAGUGCCUUGGAGAGAGCCUGCUGGACAACGCUUUCAUGGGCUACAACGCCUGCAUCUUUGCUUAUGGACAGACGGGUUCUGGGAAGUCGUACACCAUGAUGGGCUCAGCGGAGCAGCCUGGUCUGAUCCCUCGUCUCUGCAGCUCGCUCUUCAGCAGGACGGUGCAGGAGGCCCGAGAGUGCGAGACCUUCACCGUGGAGGUCUCCUACAUGGAGAUUUACAACGAGAAGGUCCGAGACCUGCUCGACCCCAAAGGGAGUCGCCAAGCGCUGAGAGUGAGGGAGCACAACGUUUUUGGUCCCUAUGUUGACGGACUGUCCCGCCUGGCCGUGGCCAGCUACAAGGACAUCGAGUCUCUGAUGUCAGAGGGGAAUAAAUCUCGCACUGUGGCGGCCACAAAUAUGAACGAGGAGAGCAGCAGGUCCCAUGCUGUGUUCAACAUCAUCCUUACACACACACUCAUGGACCUGCAGUCUGGGACGAGUGGAGAGAAGGUGAGCAAGCUCAGCCUGGUGGACCUCGCUGGAAGUGAGCGAGCAGCCAAAACCGGAGCAGCCGGCGAACGGCUGAAAGAAGGCAGCAACAUCAACAAGUCUCUCAGCACUUUGGGUUUAGUUAUCUCGGCCUUGGCUGAUCACGGAGCCGGAAAGAACAAGAGCAAGUUUGUUCCCUACAGAGACUCUGUGCUCACCUGGCUGCUCAAGGACAGCCUCGGCGGGAACAGCCGGACCGCCAUGGUGGCGACCGUCAGCCCGGCGGCGGACAACUACGACGAGACGCUGUCCACCUUGCGCUACGCCGACAGGGCCAAGAGCAUCGUCAACCACGCCGUGGUGAACGAAGACCCCAACGCCAGGAUCAUCCGCGAGCUCCGAGAGGAAGUGGACAAGCUGAGGGAGCAGCUGACGGAGGCGGAGUCUAUGAAGGCUCCAGAGCUGAAGGAGCGACUGGAAGAGUCCGAGAAGCUGAUCCAAGAGAUGACGGUCAGCUGGGAAGAGAAACUCCGCAAGACCGAAGCAAUCGCACAGGAGCGUCAGAAGCAGUUGGAAAGCCUGGGUAUCUCCCUUCAGUCCUCCGGCAUCAGAGUCGUGGAUGACAAGUGUUUCCUGGUCAACCUCAAUGCUGACCCCGCCCUCAACGAGCUGCUGGUCUACUACCUCAAAGACCACACGCGCGUCGGCUCGGCCGACUCGCAGGAUAUCCAGCUGUGUGGGAUGGCCAUCCAGGCGGAGCAUUGCGUCAUCGACAGAACGGAGAGCAGCGGCGUGGUGCUGACUCCUCACCGCGGGGCCCGAACGUGUGUGAACGGCGCCGCAGUCACCAGUCCGGUGCUGCUGCAUCACGGUGACAGAAUCCUGUGGGGAAACAACCACUACUUCAGGAUCAACCUGCCCAGACACAGAGGGCGAGCGGCGGGCGAGGACGAGGGCGGAGGAGCCGCCAUGAAGAAGUGUCUGAGCGCCGACCACCUGGAGGCGGACACGGACGCGCUCAGUGACGUCUCCAGCGAGCUGAGCUUCGGAUACGAGUUUGCUCAGACGGAGGUCAUGAUGAAGGGGAUGUGCACAAACGACCCCUUGCAGUCGGUGCUGCAGACCCUGGAGAGGCAGCACGAGGAGGAGAAGCGCUGCGCUCUGGAGCGCCAGAGGCUGAUGUACGAGCAGGAGCUGCAACAGCUCCGCCAGCGGCUCACGCCGGAGAAACCCUCCCACUUCUCGGACGCGUCGUCCCUCACGGUCGGCGCCACCACCGCCGGGAGGUCAUCGGGACCUCCCAAACGAAUGCGGCGAUGGAGCGAAGACAGAGAAGCGAUGAUGACCCGCAGCCUGCGGCGCCUCAGGGAGCAGAUAGUUCGGGCCAAGCUGUUGGCCCAGGAGGCCAGCUUCAUCGCUGAAGAGCUCAACAAGAGGACAGAGUACCUGGUGACUCUGCAGAUCCCUGCCGCCAACCUGGACGCUAACAGGAAGCGGGACGCGGUGCUGAGCGAGCCGGCCAUCCAGGUCCGCAGGAAGGGCAAAGGGAAGCAGAUCUGGGCUCUGGAGAAGCUGGAGAACCGGCUGGUGGACAUGAGGGACCUCUACCAGGAGUGGAAGGGACUGGACGAGGACAGUCCUAUGAUGCACUACUUUAAGCGCACGGACCCGUUCUUCGACGAGCAGGAGAACCACAGUCUGAUCGGGGUGGCCAACGUUUUUCUGGCCUGCUUGUUCCAUGACGUCAAGCUGCAGUACGCAGUGCCCAUCAUCAACCAGAAAGGAGAGGUGGCCGGGCGUCUGCAUGUGGAAGUGAGGCGAGGUACAGAGAGCUCUGAGGACAGCAGUGCGGGACAUUCUGACACUGAACAGAACGGGGAGCUUCAGGAGCGCAAACUGGACUGUGUGGUGAAAAUCCUCCAGGCCACCGGUCUCCCUCGCCACCUGUCCAACUUCGUCUUUUGCCACUAUCACUUCUGGGGGCUGGAGGAGCCGGUGUUCACCGCUCCAGAGGUGGGGUCAUCCGGCCUGUCGUCCGCCUCCAAAGACCCGCAGUGCACCGUGGUUUUUGACAGCACCAAGGAGUUAUCUGUUCCUGCCUCCGAGGACUUGCUGGAGUUCCUGGCUGACGGCGCGGUGGCCAUUGAGGUUUAUGGCCACAAGCAGGCCAACCACCGCAGGAACCUGGCGCUGUGGGACCUGGGAGUGAUUCAAGCCAAGACCAGAUCCCUCAGAGAGAGGUGGAGCGAGGUGACCCGGCGGCUGGAGCUGUGGGUGCAGCUGAUGGAGCUGAACGAGGCGGGAGACUUCACCACCGUAGAGGUUCUUCCUGCCAAGGACGUCUGCACCGGCGGAGUCUUCCAGCUCAAACAGGGUCAGUCUCACCGGGUCCAGGUGGAGGUGCGCCCGGUGCCGGACUCGGGGACCAUGCCUCUCAUCGCGGCCUCCAUCGUGUCCGUGUCACUCGGGGACGUCAGAGUUCGCCAGAUCUCCAAGAACAACCCCCAUCCGGACGGAGGCGAAGACAUGGACAGCUAUCAAGAGGUGGACCUGGAGAGGAUGAGGGAGCAGUGGCUGAUGACACUCACCGAGAGGCAGGAGUGCCUGGACCAGCAGCUGCAGAAGAUCGUCACUAAACCAGACAAGUCAGAGGACGACGUGGAGAGGGAGUCCCAGCUGCUGGAGUGCCGUCUGACCCUCACAGAGGAACGCAACGCCGUGCUGGUCCCAUCGGCCGGCAGUGGCAUCCCAGGAGCGCCGGUGGAAAGGGUUCCUGUCCCCGGGAUGGAAACCCACAUUCCCGUUCUGUUCCUGGACCUCAGCGCUGAUGACUUCCAGUCCAGUCUGUCGGCCCCCCUGGCCGGGGGUCUCGACGCGCUGCUGAGCGGGGAGGACGAGGACGACUUCUUUGAACUUCAAAUUGUUAAAAACUUUGAACCAGAGGUGAAGGUGGAGGCGUCCUGGGACUCCACCGUCCACGAGUGUCCCCAGCUCAGCCGAGCGGCGUCCCCGGAGCAGAGGGUCUACCUGACGCUGCGCGCCGUGGUGCAGCUGAGCCACCCGGCCCACAUGCAGCUGGUCCUCAGGAAGCGCAUAUGCGUCAACGUGACGGGGAAGCAGGGCUUCGCUCAAAGCUUCCUGAAGAGAAUGUCUCAGCGCAGCACCAUUCCUGGCUGCGGCGUUACCUUCGAAAUAGUCUCCAACAUCCCAGGAGACAUCCACGGUCCGGAGGACAGGGAGAUGCUGGCCCAGCUGGCCACCAGCGGCGAGGACGAGGCGUCCGCCGACAGCGAGGCGGCCAUAGAGAAGUACCUACGCAGCGUUCUGGCCGUGGAGAACAUCCUGACUCUGGAUCGCCUCAGACAGGAGGUCGCUGUGAAGGAACAGCUGGCGGUCAGAGGGAAGGCCGCCAGACGCUGCCUGAGCUCUCCAAACGUAAACCGGCUGUCAGCCAGCAGUCUGGACCUCUCCUUCUCCGCUCAGAGGCUCACUUACUUCAAGGGCUGGGAGAGCCACCAGGACCUCUCAGUGGACCCCGCUCCUCCCAGACGCUCUCUGGCUGGCGGCGUGUCCCAGAAGCUGAACUCAGAGACGGCACAUUCAGGCUUCGCUGCGUCUUAUCUCUCUCCAGUGAAGGCCGUCCCCAAGCUGCUGAAGUCCCUGCUGCCUGCGGGGAGGGAGGAGCGGGAGCCGGCGGCCGGCCCGCAGCAGAGUCUUCCACGCAUCGUGGUCCAGUCGGCCAGCGUCGAAGAGGACAUGUGCAAACAUCAACAGCCGGUUCCUGCUGAGGAAACGCCUCGCGCUGAUGUCCAAACGGUGGUCCCCAGGUCAGUCCCCCUCCCACCUCCAAUCAUCCCAAAGAGCGACGACUUCAGCUCCGGUUCAGCUAGCGACACGUCCAGCGGGUACGUGUUGUCCAACAUGUCCUCCUCGAGGCUUUCAGACGUCUACACACUGAGCUGGGACCUGCCCAGUUUGUUAUCAGACGAAGUGGAGGAAGAUGACGAGGCGAGGGAGGAGUUCUCGCCUGAAAAGCUGGGUUUAACCAAAGAGCCGGCCGCCUCGAGUACUGACCAAACUCAGCCAGAGUCAGAUCUCUGUGAACAAGAGACAAAUCUAUCUCUGUCCAUUGAUUCAAAGAGUCUCGAAGAAGCUGCUGCAAAUACAGAAAACCAGGCUGAACAAAACCAAGUUCCGACUACCGAUACUACUGAACUAGAGCAAUCAAACGGUUCAGAGAAUCACACUGAUUCGCUGGGGGAACGACACGACGAACAGGAAGAAUCGCAGCUAACAGAUCCUUCUGAAGGUUCUCCAACAAAACAUCCAGACAUCGUUGCUACAAAUGAGGAUAACCGCAAUCAGUUACUCUUGAGUAAAACGCAAGCCGAUGAAAAUCUGGUAGAAUCUAUCGCUGCACAGCACCAGGAACAAGACCUGGCAGCUUCUGACAGUGUUCAAGAUCCAGCUCUAGAUGUAAACCAGACUCCUGCUGCUCAGCCUAUGGAAGACUCUAACCCUAAAGAUUCACCCCAACAAGAAUUCCCGCCUGAACCCUCCGGUGCAAACAGCACCCUCAUCCAACCCUUAGGCACAGUUAAAGUCAGUCCUAAACCACUUUCUGAGUCUUCCACCAAAGCUGCUACCAGUGCCGCCCAACCUUCCAAGUCCAGUUCAUCAGCAGUCAACCCCUUCAAGAUUCAGAAAGUCAAGUCUUCAGACCUCAAGUCUUUCCAGCAGAUUGUGGGCGAAGAAGGGGGUAAACCGGCACAGAUGGGGCGGGGAGGCAGCCUAGGGGCAGGACUCAACCUCUCGGUGCCGGCAGAGAGCCUGGAAAGUAUCUCAGACUUAGAGGAGGGAGACGAAGUCGCUUCAGACGUUCUUCCCGACUGGUUGAAGGAAGGGGAGUUUGUGUCUGUGGGGACCAAUAAGAGUGGGACGGUGCGGUACGUUGGGCCCACGGAUUUUGCCGAGGGGACCUGGGUUGGAGUUGAACUGGAGGUCCCGGCAGGAAAGAACGACGGCUCUGUAGGCGGGAAGCACUACUUCCACUGUAACCCGGGCUACGGAGUGCUUGUGAGGCCUGACAGGAUUACCCGUGGGGGUGCCAAACGCCGGCGCCAGCAGCAAAAGCGUCGCAGUGCCAACCUGUCCGGGUCCAGUCCAAACUUGGCAGCUCUUACCGCCCUGGCGAAAGGUGAGACGGGAUCGGCCGGCCGCAGCAGAGGGGAGAACCGUAAAUCGUGGAACACUUGAAAUGCGGGGUACUUGUGGAAGUUUAACCUAGGAUUCAGAAUCUGGCCCUUCACUGUGCGAGCGGCUGCUGUCACUUCACUGACAAAUGCAUCAAUAUUGAAUGUUUUAACUAGAGUGUUUAUUAUAGAGAAAUUGAAAACAACAGAAGCAGAAGUCUAGCGGCCUUCGAAAGCCUGCAUGAGUCAUGGCUCAGCUGUUUAGAAGCUUCGUAUAAUAAAGGCUUCCUGUGUUAACAAGUACUGAAGAUGAGAACUGUAAAACAACUCUGAAUUUUUAAUACUGUGGAAUGAGCUCACUAGAUGACACUAAUUCCAACUUGAAUGUAAUUUUUUAAUGUUUUUUUUUUUUUACAUCAUUACACUGUUUGCAGAUGAUAUUUGUGUAUUUGGAGCAUGUGAGUGGACUACUGUGCCUUAACUGCUCAACACGAGUGCCUUGAUCAUGUCCAGCCAAAAUGUUUCCUGCUGGAACUCUGAGAAGUGUUGAUCAAUGAGAUCGAUCUGGUUCUUGAAUGAAUGUUUUUUUUAUCUUUACACAAACUUGCACUCUGAUUACUAUAGUAAUAAUAAUAUCUACUCCAAAUGGGUUGUCUUCCUGCCGAGCAUGUGUGUUUUAGGAAUUGUGUGUGAAAAUACUUGGAGAGGGAAAAUUUAAGAGUAAUUUCUGAUUCAUAAAGUUUUUUUUAUAAAUAUAUAUACACACAUUUGCAUUUAGGCGGAUCAAUUUGACUGCUUUGGAUGCUUAUUUAUUUGAAAAUAAAAUCAAGAUAUUGA